AUGGCUUUGACAGCACUGCCUGAGACAAUGAGGACGCUGCUACAGCCCUCGCGCCAGUCCGCCGAAGUGAUCCUCGCCACGGUGCCAGUGCCAACGCCGUCGCACCCCGAGGAUGUUCUCGUCCGCGUGCACGCUACCGCGCCCUGCGCCGGUGAGCUGCGCUGGGCCGUCGACUUCCCAGACACCAUUCCCGCCGACAAGGAGCUGGUGCCGUGUCAAGACCUUGCGGGGACCGUCGUGAGUGCGCCGGCCAGCAGCGGCUUUGGCCCCGGCGACGGCGUCUACUGCCGCGUGUCGGCUGAGCGGGCUGGCGCGGCGCGCGACUAUGCUCUCCCCCGCGUCGGCGAGCUCGCCAAGAUACCGGCGGGCCUGAGCUGGGUAGAGGCCGCGGCCACACCCCUGAGCGCGCUGACGGCCUGGCAAGCGCUAUUUGUCCAGGGAACGCUGGAUGCCGCGGGCAUCAAGGGCCACGUCGCGGCGAGAGAGCACAACGCCAAGAUCCGUGUGCUCGUGACUGGUGCCGCGGGCGGCGUAGGCAGCUGGAUUGUGCAGCUGGCAUCGUUGUCCGGUGCCCAGCAUGUUGUUGCCGUCUGCGGCGCCGACAAGGCAGAAGGGGUCCGACAGCUCGGGGCGACCGAGAUCGUCGACUACCGGCGGACUUCGAUCGAGGAAUGGGUUGGCGGUGACUCAAGCGCGCGAGAGUGCGACCUGGUAAUCGACGUGGUCGGUGGAAAGACGCUCGCGGGAUGCUGGGCCGCUGUCCGGGCCCAGGGCACACUGAUCAGCAUUAACACGCCACCCGACAUGGUAAAGCCGGCGGGUCUAGGGAGGGAGCUGGCGAAGAGCCUAUUCUUCAUUGUAGAGCCGCUCGGCAGCAAUCUUGCCGAGAUCGGGAAGCUGAUUGAGGAGGGAAGGGUGCGGCCCACAAUCGACAGUGUGUGGGGGUUUGGCGACUUCGAGAAGGCGUUCGAGAGGCUCGAGUCGGGACGUGCCAGAGGCAAGAUUGUCAUCAAGCUCAGCGACGAAGCUUGA